UUCGUAAUUCACUUCACAAUUACUUGGCUUUUAAUUAAUUAAAUAAUAUUCAAAAGAGAAGAAAGAGAUUCAAUGAUUGAUCCACCAUGCACCAUGGCUUUUAAUUUUGCCUCUCUUUUCAAAUAACUAACCAAACUGUCUUCCUAUCUCUCUCUUUUAUUCCUUUUUUUUUUUUCAGUAAAUGCUUCCCGUAAUAAUUUGGAAAAGAAAUCUAGGGUUUUGGAUUUGAAAGAGAAAUUUUCCUUUUAAAGAUUUGAUCUACUUUAGCUUUUCCUUUUCUUUUGGUGGGAUAGAAGUGGUUUAAACUUAGGAGGGUUGAAUAGCAAGCCAAUGCCAUUUGUUUGUAAACUUGGAAUUGAAGUAUUAAAGAUUAAUUUCAAUGUCUCGGAUUAAUUGGCCAUGAUGAUAGCUUUCUCUACACUUGUCUUGCUACCUAUCUUGGCAAAACUCGUUAUGUUAUUGGGAGAUGGCCGUCAUCUUUUGGGGUUACUGCGUUCUUUUGAUCAAUUUGCUAGUAUUGUUCUAGAAGGAGCUUGUGAGCGAGUUAUUGUGGGUGAUUUGUACUGUGACAUACCCUUGGGUCUAAAUGUAAUCCGUGGGGAGAAUGUGGUCUUAAUCGGAGAGAUGGACAUGGAAAAAGAGGAGCUUCCUUCACAUAUGACUGCUGUAUCCACAGCUGAGAUUAAAAGGGCUCAGAAAGCAGGGAGGGAUGCAACAUAUCUGAAGGGCUCUAUGAAAAACAUAAUGAAGUCCCUUGAUAUUGAUUAACAUGUCCUGCCAUUUUUCUAAAAGUUUCAUGUCACGUUCGUGGCCUAGAAUUUGAACGAGGGUCGGGAGGCAUGAAGGAUUCUUACCGAGGACAAUUUCCUUGCUCCUCCAAAAACAUGGGGUAUUAAACACAUUAGCAAACAGAACUAUGGUAAAGUUUUUCAGUGACAAUGAGUUUAGGGUCUUGAAACAUUUCAUUUUUUAGUAGAAAUUGUUCAAAAUUGAUCCAGUCUCUUGCCGGUUUCACCUUCAUUUUACCAUGUAACAUGAUUAGUCAUGUUUCAUGAAUCAUUAGAUGCUCAACUUUCCUCAGUUUCUAUUCUAGUGCUUUCUUAGCUUUGCUGCUUGCUAAUGGAUCACUAGCAAAUUUUCAGGGCACGAAUUUCUUAUUAAUCUCUUCUGCCAUGUAUGACAACAUACAUAGCAGAAUGGAGUCGACAGUACAGGUAGACUAGAUCGUUUUUAACCUUAUACUAACACAGCAGAAGAUGGGAAAAUAAUACCGAUUCGUGAUUGUGAGAUGAAUUUGAGAAGCUUUGUUUCAAUCAGGAUAAGUGAGUAAAGAAAUGAGAUGCUCAUGUUUGGGGAAGCGAGUUACAAGCUCGGAUCGUUUUGCCAGCUCGAAGUCUUGGAACUGGAAAGCAGGUGCACAGGUGCAUCCUACAAGUGAAUAAUGGCUCUCAGCAUCCCUUGGAUCAUUUUUUGUCACUGCCCCAUCAGUCGAAAUGUUGAAAUCUUUUGUUGGAAAUGCACCAAACCAAACAUUUGGAGGCACUGUGUACUGCACCUUC